AUGGCAGCAAUUGAUCAGCCUGAAACAUCUGGAUCUAUGAACUUCUCUACUUACCUUCAUUCGCUCUCUCAGACGCCUAACAGGCUUAAGAAGAGAAUAUUAGCAACAUGGACACCAGACCAAGAGCUCAAUAAAGUCAGGCUCAGGUCUGGUGCAGACAUGAAGAGAAAACUAACCUGGUAUGAUUUAGUGGCUCUUGGAGUUGGAGGAAUGCUUGGUGCCGGAGUAUUCGUUACUACCGGUCCUGUUGCUCUAGAUAUCUCCGGUCCUUCUGUUUUCAUUUCAUACAUAAUAGCAGGAAUAUCAGCUCUACUCUCUUCUUUGUGCUAUACUGAAUUUUCCAUUGAGAUUCCAGUUGCUGGUGGCGCAUUUAGUUACCUGAGAGUUACUUUUGGAGAAUUUGUGGGCUACUUUGCUGGUGCCAACAUACUGAUGGAGUACGUCUUAUCAAAUGCUGCUGUUGCAAGAAGUUUCACGGAGUAUCUCUGCACUGCUUUUGGAAGGAACGAUCCAAACUCAUGGAGAAUUGAAGUGGAUGGAUUAGUAAAGGGUUAUAACAUGUUGGACAUUCCAGCAGUUGCUUUAACUGCUGUUCUAACUCUGUGCUUGUGUCAUAGUACAAAGGAAAGCUCAAAUUUGAACCUAGCGAUGACAGUGUUCCAUGUAGCUUUCUUUGGUUUUAUUAUCAUUGCUGGUUUUCAAAAUGGAAGCCCCAAAAACUUGAUCAAACCAGGAGGCCUGGCUCCUUUUGGUGCUAAGGGAGUCCUUGAUGGUGCAGCAAAAGUCUAUUUCAGUUAUAUAGGCUAUGAUUCAGUUUCAACAAUGGCAGAAGAGAUCAGGAAUCCUUCAAGAAACCUCCCAAUUGGAAUUGUGGGUUCAGUACUUAUUGUUUCUGCACUUUAUUGCCUCAUGGCCUUGUCUUUGUGCUUGUUGGUUCCUUAUAACAAGAUUCCAGAGAGGGCAUCGUUUUCGGUUGUUUUUCGAAAUAUGGGUUGGAAAUGGGCAAGCAACUUAGUAGGGGCUGGUGCAAGCCUGGGAAUUGUGGCUUCUCUCCUGGUUGCCAUGCUAGGCCAAGCAAGGUAUCUUUGUGUUAUUGGGAGGGCCCGGCUUGUGCCAUCCUGGUUAGCUAAAGUGCAUUCGAAGACAGGCACCCCACUAAACGCAACUAUAUUCUUGGGAUUUUGCCAAGCAUCAAUUGCACUCUUCACCGAACUGGACAUUGUGAUUGAGAUGAUCUCCAUUGGAACCCUUCUGGUGUUCUACCUGGUGGCUAAUGCUCUCCUAUAUCGUCGAUACGUAAUCACAAGCAGCCAUCCUCCAUUCCCCACUCUCCUGUUUCUCAUCCUCCUCACUUGCACCUCAAUUGGCUUCUCCAUUUCUUGGAAGCUGAAAAGACACUGGUGGGAUCUACCAUUAUUUGGUGGGCUGAUGAUCACUAUCACUGCCCUUUUCCAAUGUCUUAUGGCCCCUCCUGCUAGCCAGCGCCAGGAACCUGCCAAAUGGUCAGUGCCCUUCAUGCCAUGGCCGGCUGCAAUAUCCAUCUUUCUCAAUGUUUUUCUCAUGACUACCUUACAAAAGCUUUCCUACCAAAGAUUUGGUAUAUGGGCAUGCUUUAUUACUUUGUUUUAUGUAGUGUAUGGUGUUCACUCUACAUAUCAUGCAGAAGAAAUGGAAGUAUGUGUUGAUAAUGGUGUCACCACAAACUCAUCCGUUCAGCCGACAAAGUUUGAUAUCCAAGUUUUAUAA